UGAGGAGCUCCGGGGUUUGUGCGUUCCUUUCUCUCUCCUAGUUCAUCUACUUCACCGAGCUUCAUCCAGCUCAAAUCCUAAUAAAACCAGCAGUCUCCCCGUGACUAAGGCGGACGUGCAGAAGACGCUUUUCUCCCUCCAUGAUGUUGCCGUUAUUACUGUUUGCGUUUGUGGCCGCAGUGGCGCGCGCCAGUGAUGUGCUCGAGUUUACAGAUGAUGAUUUUGAGAGCAGAAUCGGAGACCAUGACAUGAUCCUGGUUGAAUUUUUCGCACCCUGGUGUGGUCACUGUAAGAAACUUGCCCCAGAGUAUGAGGCUGCUGCUACUCGCCUGAAAGGCAUUGUCCCAAUUGCCAAGGUGGAUUGUACAGCCAACUCCAACGUGUGCAGUAAGUAUGGCGUGAGUGGCUACCCAACCCUGAAGAUUUUUAGAGGUGGAGAGGAGGCUGGGGCCUAUGAUGGGCCAAGAACUGCAGAUGGGAUUGUCAGCCACCUUAAAAAGCAGGCAGGUCCAGCCUCAGUAGAGCUUAAAUCUGAAGAGGAAUUUACAAAAUUCAUUGGAGACCGUGAUGCCAGCGUUGUUGGAUUCUUUGCUGAUGCUGGAAGCGCUGCACAGAGCGAGUUCCUGAAGUCAGCCAAUGCUUUAAGGGAAUCGUACCGCUUUGCUCACACAAAUGUGGACGCACUUCUGGAAAAGCACAACAUUGAGGGGGAGGGUGUCAUCCUGUUCCGGUCUCCACGCCUUGCUAACAAAUUCGAAGACAGCACUGUUCAGUUUGCUGAGGACAAAUUCACUAACGCCAAACUCAAGAAGUUCAUUCAAGAGAACAUUUUUGGAAUUUGCCCUCACAUGACCGAUGACAACAAAGAUCAGCUGAAAGGCAAAGACCUGUUGGUGGCCUAUUAUGAUGUAGACUAUGAGAAAAACCCCAAAGGUUCCAACUACUGGAGGAACAGAGUCAUGAAGGUGGCCAAGAGUUUCCUGGAUCAGGGAAAGAAGCUGAGCUUUGCAGUGGCCAAUAAACAUCUCUUCAGCCAUGAUGUGUCUGAGCUUGGUCUGGACGCCAGCAGUGGAGAGCUGCCUGUCGUUGGCAUCCGAACUGCCGGUGGUGAUAAAUAUGUCAUGCAGGAGGAAUUUACCCGUGAUGGGAAAGCUUUGGAGAAAUUCCUUCAAGAUUACUUUGAUGGAAAUCUGAAGCGGUACCUGAAAUCUGAGCCUAUUCCUGAGAGCAACGAUGGCCCAGUCAAGGUUGUUGUGGCUGAGAACUUUGAUUCCCUUGUAAAUGAUGAGAGCAAGGAUGUUCUCAUUGAGUUUUAUGCACCCUGGUGUGGCCACUGCAAGAGUCUUGAACCUAAAUACAAGGAACUUGGAGAAAAGCUUUCCAACGAUCCCAACAUUGUUAUUGCCAAGAUGGAUGCCACAGCCAACGAUGUACCCUCCCCAUAUGAAGUCAGAGGAUUUCCCACUAUCUAUUUCUCACCAGCUGGGGAGAAACAGAGUCCAAAGCGAUAUGAGGGAGGUCGUGAAGUUAGCGACUUCAUUACAUAUCUGAAGAAGCAAGCAUCUAAUCCACUGGUGCUUAAGGAGGAUGAAGAGAAGAAGAAGACAAAGAAGAAGAAGUCUGAGUUAUAAGUCAUCAAAUGGCAAAGCACCUGAGAGGAAUCACGUAGAGGAGCUAAAUUAUAUUCCUAUUUUAGUGAACAACCGAAUGCUCUGACUUAUUGUCGGCUCUCUCUUGGGCCAGCUGCUCUGGGGACGCUGUGGAAAGUUGUCGUGACCAGGCCUUUUGUGUGAUUAAAAAAAAAAAAGUUAAAUGGGUACAGUGUGGUCAAAUUGAGAUCAAUUAACUUUUCCCACACUGUAACUCCAACAGAUGCACUUUGGUUUUGAGACCAAGUCCAGUCACAUUUUUUUCUCAUGGAAAAGGGGAGGGGGUUUGACAAAUAAUUAGGACUUUUCCCUUUUUUUUUUUUUUUUUUGUACCAUACCUUGUUUUUGUACAUUUGGGGAGAUUGUGAAAUAAAGGCCUACUAAACCCA